AUGUCGAGUGAUCCCAACGGUCAACAGCAGGCUACUGUUCCUGCAUCAGUAUCCGCAGGAGGCUCUGCCGAGCCACCUAAGAAGAUCCCAAAGGGUGUAGUACUGGGCCCUGAUGGCAAGCCCUGCCGAAACUGUACUUCUUUCGCUGCAUGGGCUUCUCAAACAAAGAGCACACUCAAACAAGAUGCAGCAGCCAAAACUCAGCGUCCUCCAACCGAGUGCCCUCCUGAUGUUGAGGUGCUAGGCCGAAGUACAUGGACGCUUCUUCACUCUAUCGCAGCACAGUACCCAGAGAAGCCAUCCACCGGUCAAAAGUCAGAUCUUUUGAGCUUCGUUGGUUUAUUCUCUAAACUAUAUCCAUGCUGGGUGUGUGCCGAAGACUUCCAGGGCUACCUCAAGCGUGAAGCGCCACAGGUCAAUAGCCGGGAUGAAUUUGGCAAGUGGCUGUGUGGUGCUCAUAACGACGUCAACCGUAAGCUGGGCAAACCUGAGUUUGACUGUUCUAAGUGGGAGGAACGGUGGCGGACAGGUUGGAAGGAUGGCCGAUGCGAUUAA